CUGUGGGCUUACACUUUUUAAAUUUCGAGCGCCAAUAACAGAACACAACAAGCCGAGAGAAGAAAAGCGUGUAAAAAGGGCUGAAAUGAAGCGAAGAUUCCCUCGAACGCGACAAAAAGCUAUAUUCAAGAAGUUCCAAAGGGACGGAAGACUUGCCAAGAGUGUAGAUAUUCUGAUAUUUCUUGACUACAUGUUGUUCCUGAGGAAACUUGCAACAGAGGCUAAUAUGCAAGCGAGGCAAGAAAAGGCCACUGUUAUUGAUGACAAUCAUGUCUCGGUUUCAUUGAAGAAUGUGCUGAAGAGCUUCAGAGGUUGAAGGGAAUGACCAGUUAAUAAAGAGUAGCCUAUUGCAGCACUGCCUCGCUUAUUUUUGGAAGUUAUUUUUCCAAUAAAUGUUACAAGAAGGUGGAUUUUUUUGCCCCAGGGCACAGAUAAAGAAGGGAGCAAUAUACUAUUCCUUUUCUGCCAAGGAUAUCUAGAUCAUGCCGCUCUUUCAACAUUCACCUUACUAAUAAAGGGAUUGGUUAUUGGAAGCUGUGAAAAGCAGUUUUUAUAACAAAUUACAUAUGAGGAAUAAUUUUGAUUUCUAUUGAGUGUGCCAACCCCCUACUUCACAAAAUUGUAAUAAUAAUGCAAAUAAUAGAAAAUUAAGGGAUGUAUAUUUAAAUUUCUUACCAGAAAAAUCUAAGCAGCUUUCCAAAAGGAGUUUUAUUCAGGGUAAGUGUAAAGAAAAGUAGAUAUUGGGAUGGAAUGAGAUUGUCCCAGAAUAAAGCUCUUUUCACUGUCA